GGCGGGGCGCGCGGACCACGCGUCGCUCCCUGUCUGCUGCGGGUCGUGGUGGGUUGUGCUCCCCGCGCCGCCCCGGCCGCCGUCUUCGGUGGCGGGAGGGGCAUACGGAGGAGGCGCGGCCUCGGGGAAGCCAUGUUUGUGGCGCGCCACAUCGCGGCGGACCAUAAAGAUCUCAUCCAUGAUGUCUCUUUCGACUUCCAUGGGCGUCGGAUGGCUACCUGCUCCAGCGACCAGAGCGUCAAGGUCUGGGAUAAAAGUGAAAGUGGGGAUUGGCAUUGUACCGCUAGCUGGAAGACACAUAGUGGAUCUGUGUGGCGUGUGACAUGGGCCCAUCCUGAAUUUGGACAGGUUUUGGCUUCUUGUUCUUUUGACCGAACAGCUGCUGUGUGGGAAGAAAUAGUAGGAGAAUCCAAUGAUAAACUUCGAGGACAGAGUCAUUGGGUUAAGAGGACGACUCUAGUGGAUAGCAGAACAUCCGUUACUGAUGUGAAAUUUGCUCCUAAGCAUAUGGGUCUUAUGUUAGCAACCUGUUCAGCAGAUGGUAUAGUAAGAAUAUAUGAGGCGCCAGAUGUUAUGAAUCUCAGCCAGUGGUCUCUGCAGCAUGAGAUUUCAUGUAAGCUAAGCUGUAGUUGUAUUUCUUGGAACCCUUCAAGCUCUCGUGCUCAUUCCCCCAUGAUAGCUGUAGGAAGUGAUGACAGUAGUCCAAAUGCAAUGGCCAAGGUUCAGAUUUUUGAAUAUAGUGAAAAUACCAGGAAAUAUGCAAAAGCUGAAACCCUCAUGACAGUCACAGAUCCUGUACAUGACAUUGCCUUUGCUCCAAACUUGGGAAGGUCUUUCCAUAUUCUAGCCGUAGCAACCAAAGAUGUGAGAAUUUUUACAUUAAAGCCUGUGAGGAAAGAACUUACUUCCUCUGGUGGACCAACAAAAUUUGAAAUCCAUAUAGUGGCUCAGUUUGAUAAUCAUAAUUCCCAGGUCUGGCGAGUGAGUUGGAAUAUAACAGGAACAGUGCUAGCAUCUUCGGGAGAUGAUGGCUGUGUAAGAUUGUGGAAAGCUAAUUAUAUGGACAAUUGGAAGUGUACUGGUAUUUUGAAAGGUAAUGGGAGCCCUGUCAAUGGGAAUUCUCAGCAGGGAAACUCAAAUCCUUCCCUAGGUUCAAAUAUCCCAAAUCUUCAAAAUUCUUUAAAUGGAUCCUCUUCUGGCAGAAAGCACAGCUGAGUACCAGCUAACUGGAGUAACUUUGCUGUUUUGCUGCUUGUUGCAUGCACACAGGAAUGGAAAGCGAGCUCCUUUUCCCCUUCCCCAGCGCCGUUUGACCUCUCCCAAGAUACACCAGCAGCCUGCUUACUACUAAACGCAAUCCAAAAGGCCUUUAAAAAUCCAAUGUAUAUCAUUUUUUUUGUACUAGCCAGUUUAUUGACACUAUUUGAAGCUUUUAAAUGGAGAGGCUUUUUGUUGAGACAUUGUCACCAAAACAAUUUUUUGAAAUGUUCCUGAAACUAACAUGGGUUUUAAAAUUAAAAGGAUUAUUACUAUCCUUAUAAGUAGUUGGGAGGAGGGAAAAUACCACUUUUUCCAUUUGGAAAAUAUAGGCUUGUUUCUUUUGUUUUCUAAAACAGUAAGCUAAAUGAUGAAUUUUUAUAAUUUUAAUUUGAAGGUUGAAUAAAUAUUUUUCAUAAAGAUUGUUUUGAGUGCUAAUUUGUUUACCUUUUGUAGAAUUGGUUUAUACAUGAUAUUAUUUAGUACAACUCUGUCAUUUCUUUGUAAUAUUUAAAAAAUAUUAGUAAAGGAGUGAGAGAAGUAGUAGUAAAUGAAAGUGAUUUGACUGUACAGUUUGUGGCCAAAUUAAACAUUUGGUAUUGCUUCAUUUUAUACUUUGGUAGUAAAAUGAAGACAUCUUUGUAAAUUUUCAAUUCAUAUUCACUAAAGAGCUAAAUGUUUCUAA